CCGUUGGUGAUUUUUCAUCCAGUCAAUAUCUACGUAUAUUGAAUACACAGCGGGAGGAUGCCGGCAGUUAUAAAUGCAUUGCUAAAAAUGAUGCCGGCUCAAUAUUUAGUGAAAAAAUUGAUGUUGUCGUUGCCCAUAUGGGUACAUUUAAUAAUAUAACAGAAGGCCGUUUAACAGUAGUUUCUGGCCAUCCUGCCAUAUUUGAUUUGCCUGCCAUCGACUCAACACCAGUACCAUCGGUGAUGUGGCAAACGGUUGAGGGUCCCUUAAAUUAUGACAUUAAAUAUGCCUUCACAAAAGCCAAUCAAUUGAUAAUACUCAGCACCGAUGAAGUUGAUCGCCGGGCAUAUCGUGCACGUGCCAUAAACACCCAAUUGGGCAAGGAGGAGAACAGUGCCUUCAUACACUUGAAUGUCAGUGGUGAUCCAUAUAUUGAGGUGCCACCGGAAAUUAUUGUACAUCCGCAGGAUAUGAAAUUGAAACGUGGCGAACAAGUUGCUGAAUUGCAAUGCAUUGCAAAUGCACGACCAUUGCAUGAAUUGGAAACGUUAUGGUUUAAAGAUGGCAUACCAAUUGAAAAUGCUGAAAUUGCCCAUACACUCAAUGAUCCAUGGAAUCGUUCGUUGGCCUUAUUGUCAGUCAAUCUAACGCAUUCCGGUGAAUACUCAUGUCAAGUGCGUUUACGUAGCGGUGGUUAUAAGAUAUUAACGGCAAAGGCAAAUAUUGAAAUCUUAGAGCCACCUUCAUUUUUCACCCAAAUGCGACAGGAAACAUUUGGUGAUUUAGGUGCAUUGGUAACGCUCCCCUGUGAUGUUAUUGGUGAUCCACAACCAUCGGUGACGUGGUUUCGAAAUGCUGAACCCAUCGAUUAUCAACAUGAUAAAUUUUCCCUAUCAGAUGAUAAUUCUCUACACAUAAAACGACUUGCAAUCGAUGAUUCAGCAAUGUUUCAGUGUUUAGCUGUUAAUGAGGCUGGUGAGAAAUCAGCCUACACCUGGUUGAGGGUAAAAACCUCAGCACCAGUUUUGGAACAGCCACCACAGAAUGUAACCGCUUUAGAUGGCAAAGAUGCUACCAUUUCAUGCCGUGCUAUUGGUGCACCAAAUCCAAAUAUCACUUGGAUUUAUAACGAAACACAACUUGUUGAGAUUUCGAGUCGUGUACAAAUACUGGAAUCUGGAGAUUUAUUAAUAUCAAACGUACGCGAAUCUGAUGCUGGUCUUUACACUUGUGUUCGUUCAAAUGAAGCCGGCACUGUUAAUGGUGAAGCUUAUUUGGGUGUUUUGGUGCGAACACAAAUCAUACAGCCACCAGUUGACACUACUGUUCUUUUGGGCCUAACCGCAUCGUUGCAGUGUAAAGUCUCUAGUGAUCCAACAGUACCGUAUAAUAUCGAUUGGUAUCGCGAAGGUCAUCCAACAGCCAUUAGUAAUUCUCAGCGCAUUGGUGUACAAUCGGAUGGUACUUUAGAGAUACAAGCUGUAAGAGCUUCGGAUGUUGGCACCUAUUCAUGUGUCGUAACCUCACCGGGUGGCAAUGAAACGCGGUCGUCACGUUUAAGUGUCAUUGAACUGCCAUUUCCACCAGCUAACGUAAAGGCAACACGUCUAGAGACACCCGAACAACGAGCCAUAAAUGUAUCAUGGACACCGGGUUUUGAUGGCAACAGUCCAAUAUCCAAGUUUAUCAUACAAAGGCGUGAAGUAUCCGAAUUAGGUCCUGUUCCAGAUCCUCUAUUAAAUUGGAUUACCGAACUAAGUAAUGUAUCGGCGGAACAUCGUUGGAUUUUAUUACGCAAUUUAAAAGCAGCGACAGUUUAUCAAUUUCGUGUUAGUGCUGUGAAUCGAGUUGGUGAAGGUUCUCCCUCUGAACCAAGUAAUAUUGUGGAAUUACCACAGGAAGCUCCCUCUGGACCUCCAGUUGGAUUUGUGGGUUCUGCUCGUUCACAAUCGGAAAUUAUUACACAGUGGCAACCGCCAUUGGAAGAACAUCGUAAUGGCCAGAUUUUGGGUUAUAUUAUACGUUAUCGUUUAUAUGGUUAUAACAAUGUACCCUGGAUGUAUCAAAAUAUUACUAAUGAGGCUCAAAGAAAUUACUUGAUACAAGAAUUGAUAACCUGGAAGGAUUAUGUGGUACAAAUUGCUGCCUACAAUAAUAUGGGUGUUGGUGUUUACAAUGAAGGUGCUAAGAUUAAAACAAAAGAAGGUGUACCUGAAGCUCCCCCUACAAACGUUAAAGUACAAGCCAUCAAUUCAACUGCUGUUAGAGUUAGUUGGACACCUCCAAACCCUCAACAAAUUAAUGGUAUAAAUCAAGGCUAUAAAAUACAGGCUUGGCGUUAUCAAGCUAUAGACGGUGAAGACCGGGAAAUUGAGGAAAGAAUGAUAACAGUACCACCUAGUUUGCUGGAUCCCUUAGCGGAACAGACCGCUAUACUCAAUGGUUUAGAGAAAUUUCAGGAUUAUAAUAUAACUGUAUUAUGUUUUACCGAUCCAGGCGAUGGUGUCAGAAGUUUCCGUGUGCCCGUUAAAACUAAAGAAGAUGUGCCAGAUGAAAUAACAGCUUUACAUUUUGAUGAAGUUUCCGAUAGAUCUGUAAAGGUUUUAUGGGCUCCACCGAAAAAUAUUAAUGGUAUUUUGACGGGUUAUACAGUUCGUCAUCAGGUUAAAGAUCGUCCCGAAACUAUGAAGUCAGUAAAUCUUACUGCUGAGGACACACAAUUAGUAGUGAAUCAAUUACAAGCUACUACCCAUUAUUGGUUUGAAAUAAGGGCUUGGACACGUAUUGGAGGUGGUCCUCCUAAAACGGCUACUAUACAAUCUGGCGUUGAACCCGUUCUACCUGAACCUCCUACAAAUCUAGCUCUAUCUAAUAUUGAAGCUUUCUCUGUAGUUUUGCAAUUUACCCCAGGUUUUGAUGGCAACUCCUCAAUAACUAAAUGGAAAGUGGAGGCUCAAACAGCUAGAAACUUAACAUGGUUUACAGUUUGCGAAAUAUCUGAUCCAGAUGCAGAAACUUUAACCGUAACCGGUCUUACACCAUUUACCCAAUAUCGCUUACGUUUAAGUGCUACCAAUGUAGUAGGUACGUCAAAAGCUUCAGAACCUACCAAAGAUUUCCAAACAAUACAGGCCCGACCAAUGCAUCCACCAUUUAAUGUGACAGUAAGAGCUAUGUCAGCCACACAGUUAAGAGUACGUUGGAUACCUUUACAACAAACUGAGUGGUUUGGUAAUCCACGUGGUUAUAACAUUACUUAUAAGCAAAUUGAAAGUGAAAAUAGAAUUAUACCCAAGAGUGUGCUUAUAGAAGAUCACACUGCCAAUUCUCAUGUUUUGGAAAGUCUUGAAGAAUGGACGGUAUAUGAAAUUGUCAUGAAUGCUUGUAAUGAUGUGGGUUGUUCGCGUGAUAGUGCAACGGCUGUAGAAAGAACUCGGGAGGCUGUACCAUCAUAUGGACCUUUGGAUGUUCAAGCCAAUGCUACAUCCUCCACCACCAUUGUAGUUAGAUGGGGUGAAGUGCCGAAGCAACAUCGAAAUGGACAAAUUGAUGGUUUUAAAGUGUUUUACGCUGCUACAAAUCGUGGAGGGCAUGUUUUACAUAAAACCAUAUCAAACAAUAGUUCAUUUACAACAACAUUGACAGAAUUGAAUAAGUUUGUCAUAUACCACAUACAGGUAUUGGCAUUCACAAGACUAGGAGAUGGUGCUUUAAGUACCCCACCUGUUAGGGUACAAACAUUCGAAGAUACUCCAGGUGCCCCCUCGAAUGUUAGUUUUCCAGAUGUAUCAUUUUCAACGGCGCGUAUUAUUUGGGAUGUUCCUGAAGAUCCCAAUGGUGAAAUAUUAGCCUAUCAAGUUACUUACUCAUUGAACGGUAGCUCGAAUUUAAACUAUAGUAGAGAAUUUUCACCAUCCGAUCGUACUUUCCGCGCUACCCAACUUUUAGCAGAGCGUUAUUAUAUAUUCAGUGUUACAGCUCAAACAAGAUUAGGAUGGGGUAAAACCGCUUCGGUAUUAGUUUAUACAACAAAUAAUCGUGAGAGACCACAACCGCCCUCAAUGCCCCAAAUAUCUAGAUCACAAAUACAAGCACACCAGAUAACAUUUAGUUGGACACCAGGCAGAGACGGUUUUGCACCUUUAAGAUACUACACUGUACAAAUGCGUGAAAAUGACGGACCCUGGAGUCUUUUACCGGAGCGAGUAGAUCCUACACUAACCUCAUAUACCGCUACAAAUCUAAAGCCUCAUACUACCUAUCAAUUUCGUAUACAAGCCACCAAUGAUUUGGGACCAUCUGCAUUUAGUAGAGAAAGUAUUGUAGUGCGUACUCUAUCUGCUGCUCCUUCGGUAUCAGUUACCAAUCUUAAAGUAGUUCCCAUAACUACUACAUCAGUGCGGGUACAAUGGAAUGCUUUAGAAACAUCUAUGUGGAAUGGUGAUGCCACUACGGGAGGAUAUCGCAUACUCUAUCAACAACUCUCAGAUUUUCCUACUGCUUUGCAAACUACUCCCAAAACAGAUGUUAUGGGUAUUAAUGUUAAUUCGGUAGUUUUAUCCGAUCUUCAGCAAGAUCGUAAUUACGAAAUUGUUGUGCUACCAUUUAAUUCCCAAGGACCAGGACCUGCUACACCACCUGUAGCAGUAUAUGUAGGAGAAGCUGUACCCACAGGAGAACCAAGAGCUGUAGAUGCUGCCCCAAUUUCAAGUACUGAAGUACGUUUAAGAUGGAAACCCCCUAAGCAAAGUAUGCAAAAUGGUGAUCUCUUGGGUUACAAAAUAUUCUAUUUAGUAACAGAUUCUCCACAAGAACUAGAGGAUGGUAAAACAUGGGAAGAAGAAAUUGAGGUAGUUUCGGCCACUGCUACUUCUCACAGUUUAGUGUUUUUAGAUAAAUUUACUGAAUAUCGUAUACAAAUCUUGGCAUUUAAUCCUGCUGGUGAUGGACCUAGAUCAUCACCUAUUACGGUCAAAACAUUGCAAGGUCUUCCCAGUGCUCCACAAAAUUUAAGAUUUGAAGAUAUUACUAUGCAAUCCUUAAAAGUUUCCUGGGAUGCACCCAAAUUCAAAAAUGGUGAAAUUUUGGGAUAUUUAGUUACAUACGAGACUACAGAGGAAAAUGAGAAAUUCAGUAAACAAGUUAAACAAAAGGUUUCUGGUACCAGCUUAAUGGUACAAAAUCUGGAAGAAGAAGUCACCUAUACAUUUACCGUCCGUGCACAAACUAUUGAUUAUGGACCAGCGGUUAGUGAGAAUGUGACAACUGGUCCUCAGGAGGGUUCUCCGGUUGCACCUAGAGACUUAAUAUUAUCUAAAACAUUAUCCAGUGUAGAAAUGCACUGGUUAAAUGGACCGUCAGGUCGUGGACCCAUAUUGGGUUAUUAUAUUGAAGCUAAAAAACGAGAAUUAAAAAUUAAACCUGCUUUUAUAGAAAGAGGAGAACCAUCAUUUAUUUACGACUCCCGUUGGGAGACUAUAACGAAAACGACCACCGGCACAAUACAGGACUUUACGGUCAGUUAUCAAAGUUUGUUGCCAUCUACUGCCUAUACAUUCCGUGUUAUUGCAUAUAAUCGUUAUGGAAUAUCAUUCCCCGUCUACUCUAAGGAUUCCAUAUUAACGCCAUCCAAAUUACAUUUGGAAUAUGGUUAUCUGCAGCAUAAACCUUUCUACAGACAGACAUGGUUUAUGGUUGCUCUAGCUGCCACAUCUAUUGUUAUAAUCAUUAUGGUUAUAUCGGUAUUAUGUGUUAAGAGCAAAAGUUAUAAAUAUAAACAAGAAGCUCAAAAAACUUUAGAAGAAUCUAUGGCCAUGUCAAUUGAUGAGCGUCAGGAGUUAGCUUUAGAAUUAUAUAGAUCAAGGCAUGGUGUAGGUACUGGUACUUUAAAUAGUGUGGGUACUUUAAGCAGAGGUACUUUGGGUACAAUGGGACGUAAGGCAAAUAAUCGUCCGCCACCUAAUAUACAAUUGGGUAAAAGUCCUCCACGACCUUCACCUGCCUCAGUAGCCUAUCAUAGCGAUGAAGAGAGUCUAAAAUGUUAUGAUGAAAAUCCUGAUGAUAGCAGUGUUACGGAAAAACCAUCAGAAGUUAGUUCAUCGGAAGCAUCACAGCAUUCGGAAAGUGAGAAUGAAAGCGUACGCUCAGAUCCUCAUUCAUUUGUCAAUCAUUAUGCUAAUGUUAACGAUUCCCUGCGACAGUCGUGGAAGAAACAAAAACCAGUGCGUAAUUAUUCCAGUUACACAGACUCUGAACCUGAAGGUAGUGCAGUGAUGAGUCUCAAUGGUGGUCAAAUUAUUGUUAAUAAUAUGGCCAGAUCGAGAGCACCACUGCCUGGUUUCUCAUCUUUUGUCUGACAAUCUACAGAGUUUUAAGUGUAAACAUACGUACAUAUAAAGAUGAUAUAUAUGUACGUAUAUUUUGUUAUCGAUUAAAUUUUUUUUCUAAAACAAACACACAUACACAUCCAUACAUAAAUUAAUUACAAAUCAUUAAGAGAGAAAACAAAAGCAAAAAUCAUAUUCUAUUUGUAAGUGAAAAAAAUUAAAUGAAAUUGUCUGCCUAUUUAUUUUUAGUGUUUAAUUAGUAUUUAAUCUAAGAGAUCUAACGAAAUUAUUAGUUUUAUCUAUAAGUAACAAACAAAAACGAUAAACUGAUUAAAUAUGUAGUAUACAUUAAAGUAUAUGUAUGUAAUAAUUAUAGUACCAGAUAAUAGCAUUCAUCUACUUAUUUUCCAUUCUUUUUUUAAAUUAAUUUUAUUAAAUGUUUUUAUAAGUUCUCUUUUUGUAUAACUAUGUAGGUACAUACAUGUGUAAUUAUAGUUUAAAUUUUAAGUAAACCGUACUAUGACAAAGUUCAAAUUUGAAAAUUUUUAAAAGCUAUUGUAAAUGAAUCAGAUAAUGAAUACUCUUCUAUAAGAUUAUUUAUUAAAAACUAAGCUUCAUUUAAUAGCUUUUAAAAGUGAAAGACAAAACUUUUAUCGCUUAAUUGUAUUAUAUAUUUAUGAUAUAAAAAUACGUACGUUUAAAUUGACCUAUUUAGAAAUGUGUUCAUAUUACCCCUAAUCGACCCUAACUAAAUUAGUUUAGAGAAAAUGUAACAUUUUAACAUGGAUGCAAAUUUGUAAAGUAUAAUUCUAGGUAAUUAAAAUUUUAAUUUUAUUAGAAUUCUGUUAUUUUUUUUUUUUU